UAGUUAGUGGUGGAAUGGUGUGUUCACACUGGAAUGUAUUUCACAUCUACUUACGUUUAUUAACGCUGGUAGAUUGACAGCGCCUGAGCGGUGUGUGAUAAGAGGCUAAGCUGUUCAGUAUGGUUCAGCUGUGGGGAAAUGAUUCACUUGUUCUUCUUUCGAGAAAUAGUUUCAUCACCGUAAACAUGACACUUCCGCCCGAGUAAAGCUGUCGCAGUGACCCGGUUAAUAGUGAUAUAGGGUUUCUUACAGCUUUUCUUCGCAGUGUGAACUGUUUUAGACGAGCAGAGAUGUUGAACGUACCCUCACAGCAGCAGUUUCCAGCGGUGGGGUCUCAGCAGCGGGUCUCUCCGGCUGGUCAGUCCAGGAACAAGGUGGCCCUGAAGCCGGGUCAUAGUCUUAUGGACUGGAUACGGCUUACUAAAAGUGGACGUGACUUGACUGGACUGAGGGGAAGAUUGAUUGAUGUCACAGAGGAGGAACUUAAAAAACACAACACAAGAAAUGACUGCUGGACUUGCAUAAGAGGUAUGGUGUAUAAUAUAAGUGCCUAUAUGGAUUUUCACCCUGGCGGAGAGGAAGAACUGAUGAGGGCAGCUGGGAUUGAUGGCACUGAUCUGUUUGAUCAGGUUCAUCGAUGGGUAAACUAUGAGUCCAUGCUGAAAGAAUGUCUGGUGGGCAGAAUGGUGGUGAAGGCCAGCACAGUCAUUAAAGCUCAAGCAUCCAAAAAAGACAACCUUCAUGUCAAUGGUCUUGCACCUCCUGCCCCUUUGUUACCAGAGUCGAUAGCAUCUGCACCCUUGCAGAAGGACCAGCACCCUCGAUAUGACUGGUUCCAGACAGAUGAAACUGUUAAUAUCAUCAUUUACACCAAGAGAAAGAUCCCAAGUUCUGGCUGUUCAGUAGUGGAUCUUCAAGGCAACAUUCUGCGAAUAGAAAUGCUCUUAGGAAACUGGUCUUAUCUACUUCACUGGAGUCUUUCCAGUGAAGUGAAAGAUAAUGUUGUCGUUCAGACAGCGAGCUCGGUCGGGAAGGUUGAGGUGCGCCUACACAAAGCAGUGAAUGACAAGUGGCCACAAGUGGGUCAACCACUAGAAUCACAUGAUUCAUUUAUUCAGAGUAAACAUAGAGGAUUGUUCUACAGAGAGUGUGUAUUAGUUUCAAAGAAAGAAGUUACACACGACACGCAGCUCUUUUGUUUCCAGCUACCUCCUAGUGCACACAUGCACAUCCCUGUGGGGAGACACGUCUACCUCAAAACCUCUGUUCAGGGCAGUGAAGUUGUAAAGCCCUACACACCGGUAGAUCAGGUGCUCAUGCCUCAAACACACUCCAGCAGUUCUAAUAUCUAUCUGAUGGUUAAAAUCUAUCCUGAUGGAGUCUUUACACCGAACCUGGACAAACUUGACAUUGGAGCUUGUGCGUCCAUCAGCGGACCAGAAGGUCACUUAACACCUCGUAGGCUUCGUGAUGUCACACAUUUGUACCUUUUAGCUGCUGGAACUGGGUUUACACCCAUGGCUCGCCUUCUUUGUUUUGCCUUACAGGAUGUGGCCUCUAUCAGAAAUACCAAGCUGAUGUUCUUUAAUCGUCAGGAGAAGGACAUUUUGUGGCAUUCAGAGCUGGAGCAGCUGUGUGCAAAAGAGAAGAGGUUUCAGGUUGAAUAUGUUCUCUCAGAGCCUUCAGGCUCAUGGACGGGUAAAAGUGGACGUAUAGAUGCCACACUGCUGCAGCCGUUCCUGAACAGAGAAGAGGAUUCCAAGUGUUUAGUGUGUAUAUGUGGCCCAACUGGCUUUAAUGAGCUGGCAGUGCAGCUGGUCAAGCAGCAGGGGUUCAGUGAAGAGGAGAUGUAUGUUUUUAAGGGUUGAUUUUUAAUGGUUUCACUGUGCUAGUGAAGAUUUCUAUGCAUUGCAGACUGCAGCAGACGUCAAGGACUGACGUGAGGUCACUACUGAAAAAAAUAGCAACAUCCCUCUCUAAUGUGCUAUGAUCGUAAAAUCCUAUGCACUGAGUGCUUGUGAUGUUGUCAAGGUGCUGUUUUAUUUCAUAUUUAAUCAGAGACUGUAAGAAAAUCACUCUUUAAUUGUAGAUUAUAGCACUGCCCCGGCUAAAGCAUUCUUGUGCAGGAAAUGCAUGUUAGUAACAAUCAGAACAACUUGACAACGUUGUUUUUCAAACAUUAUGCUAAAUUCAUUUAUCUGGUACACUUAUUUUUUUUAUAACAAACCACACCUACCAUACAGAUGAACAGAUAAACUGCAGAUAUUCAAUUACUGACUGCUGGCCAGCUGCUGCUCUGUACACUGUCACCCCCUGUACCCUAUUUAUCAAUCGAAACGGAUCCUUACUGACCCGAUGUUGUGUAUGUGAUGGACCAUUCUCAGCACUGCAAUGACACUAAUGUGAUGAUAACAUGGUAAUGUGUGUUGUACUGCUCCGAGUUUAUCAGGUGCAACAGUGUUUUUGGGAUUUUUAACACCAAACACCUUAGUGUCAAUGCAGGGACAAGACUAACCUGUACCCACUAAUUCAUGUUUUUAUUUAAAACAAUACAGUACAAAAGAUAAAAUACAUUUGAGAGUACCAGAAAGGUACUUCCUCCCCCAAAAAGAAGGUAUAUUUUAGUACUUUUAUUUCUGAGAAUGUUUAUGGCUGUUGUUUUUCUUACAUUAGGUACCAUUUUAUUUUGGUAAAUAGAAUAAAUAGUUAGCAAGGUAAGAAUGUAAAUGUAAUUGUUGUACAAUGGUUCAAUAAAUCUUUAUAAAUUC